AUGCUAGCGUCGACUUCUCCACGCCCGGCAAAGAGACCCAGGAGGUCUUCCGACUCUGGGGAUAUGCUCUUCUGUCCUCCGAGGAAGUGGGCAGUCCCAGCGCCUAUCCUACUCCGCAAAUUGGACCCAACAACUGUUAUUACUAAAUGCCUAGAAGCAGUAGCAAACGAGAGGCUACUUAGAGGAUCAGACCUUAUCGAUAGAAUCAUCACGGAUCAAUUCCUGGCUUUGAAUGAACUCCAGAACAGGAACAAUACGAAUGUGAAAGAGGCAAAAAACUUCAUUUGCAAGCACAUUGGCCCGAUCCUAUAUCAAGUUAUCAACCAGUACCUCGAAUCAUUUACCCAAGAUGGAGAUGUUAUAUCUCUAUCAGAAAACUCCCAAUCCCCCAUACAGCCUAAGAAACAAAAAAGCGAUGGUGAAAACGCCCCUCUCGAAGUUAGCACGGCGACUAACUCAAAACCGGAGCGUAAAAUGCCCCCUCUAUUUACCUCACAAAUGGAAUCGCUAGGAUCUCUCGGGGUUACUGCGGGAGAAGCAGCCCACACUACAAUCGACCAUCCCAGUGGUGCAGGUAUUGGUGGGUGGCUUGCGGGCGAUUCCCCGUAUCCAUUUCGCAAAAAUUAUCCUGUCCAAUCCUCUUCGAUAAAUGGGAUACCAGUUGAGAAUAUACAAGCUUCGGGGAAGUCUCAAUGGCCACAUCCUGAACGAAGUAAAUCAGAUGCUGGGGUUCUCGAAGAUAACAUAUCCAUGGCGAAUUCUUCUCCUGUGAAAACAAAAUUAGUUAUAGCCCGAGCUCAAUCGAUAAGUGGCAAGCUGGGUGGCGACCAUCAGGAAACCCGCAGUAUCGUUUCUAACUCUCGAAAGAAAGCAUCGCAGGCAGUAAGGUCCUGCACGUUCUGCUACAAAGAACUCCCAAGCCCCAGUGCACGAAAACAUGGUAGGGACGGUCGGUCCCGUGGGACUAGUUUGAGUGAACUUCUCAUUGACCAUGGCCCCCUAAGCGAUGAAAGAAUGGCGGCGCUACGGCAACAAUACCAUAUGGAACGAUCAGAGGGCGUUAAUCUCACCACCGCAAACUUUGGUUUUGCGACCCCGAGUAUAAAGACUACAGAUCGAGACCUACAAACUGACAGAGAUGAACUUGCAUCUCAACAUAACACCAUCAUAUCCAUGGAUUAUUCGUAUACCGGAAAUACUGCAAUACAACCACAUAUGCCAACGCACAUUUCGUCCUCAUUGUUUGCAGGCCUAGGGUCUGCGUAUGACGACUCAAACAGCCUUAUUAUGAGGGGUGAAUUAGAUCAAGCCUCCCAAGCUGAUUAUGCUAUGAAUGAAUUCAUACCGUACCGAAACUCGAUUGGCCAGUUUCCCCCCAAUUCUUUCCUCCCCCAGGGCCCUCAAUUAGUCGGGGUUGGAGCCGUCCAUGCCGGCUCAAGCUUGACCAAUAUACCUUCAACAAUUGAUGUGGACGAAGAUGCCCAAGGAGAGAAUGAUUUGGAAUGGUCCGAAAAUUUGGUUGUGAAUACAAUGAAAGGUGGUUGA